AAGCUCGGCCUCCAAACUUAUCAGUGUUGAACCGUGGUUCAAUGAGGACAGCCUGUGCUUCUGAUCUCAGGGUCCUGGCAGUAGCAGUUCGGGGAGCGUGCGUUAGACCAAAGGCGCUCGUCAAAUCUUGCGUGAUGGCAAUUCGGCUUCGUAUUGGCCCAUCAUUGAUCCUGUUACUCUUCUUCUGGACGACAACUGUUGCAGCUCGUGAAAAGUCAAAAGAGAAUUUACUAUUUGAGAGAUUGUUGCGACACAAUGAAAGUGACACACUUGCCCGACCACUCCUGAAUGUCUCUGAUGCUCUGUAUGUAAACAUGUCAGUUCAUCUUCUACAGAUACUGGACUUGGAUUCCAAGGCACAGUCAGUUAGUUUCUCCGGUUACCUAGAAGUGCGCUGGAAAGACUACGAGUUGACUUGGAAGCCUGAGGAUUUCGGUGGUUUGAUGCAUGUCACCAUACCAGGCAAGAACACGUGGGUACCUGACAUUGGUCAGAUUAACAGCUUGGAGGGGCAGUUUGACUUUUCCAAAGACGAGCAGAAUAUCCGGCUGAUACUAUUCCAUACGGGCGAAAUAAGAUGGUAUCCCGCAGGCGUUUACAAAGCCGGCUGUCAACUGGAUCUGACAUACUUCCCCUUCGAUGAGCAGAAAUGCGCCUUCACGUUCGCAAGCUGGACGUACACGACGGAUGCAUUGCAAAUACACGCCAUUCAGGAUACUAUUCAAGUUAGUAAGGUUGCCGGCGGUUCGCAGUGGAAAAUAAUUGCGACAUCCAUGUUUGUCCAUAUUGGAAAAUUCCAACCAGAUGAAAAGGACUUUUCAUUUCUGUACGCGGAGUUAGUAUCAGAGCGGCUUGCGAUAUUCUACGUGAUUCACAUCAUACUCCCCACGACGGUGAUAUCGUUGCUGUCUCUGUCGGCGUUUCUGCUCCCCUGCGAGUCUGGAGAGAAGGUCUCACUGGGGAUCACCAUCCUCCUGGCAUUCUCUGUGUUCCAGUUGGUUCUCGCAGAUCAACUUCCAACCAACACCAGUUCCGUUCCUAUUUUGGUUGUAUACCUUACAACACUGAUAAUUCUCUCGGGAAUCUCCACACUUCUCUCGGUAUUCAUUCUGAACCUUCACCACAUGGAAAGCGACACGAUACUUCCAAACAUGGCCAGAACUAUAGUCUAUGGCCUCAUUGCUAAAAUUACAUUUUACAAGACUUAUCACAGGUUAUCAGCAUCUUUCGGAAAGAACUACAAAUUUGACCACGAGGUGAUGAUGCCACUGGGCAAUAUCGAGGACCGGACGGAUUCAAGAAAGGGCCGAGCGGAUCACUCAAACAGUAACACAAACAACGAUGACGUUUUACACAUGUUAAGGAAUAUUAAUGCACAUUUGUCAAAAAUGGUAACACAACGAGAGGAGAGCCAUCGGGAGGAUGUUAUAAAAUGUGAAUGGAAGGAAUCUGCUAGUAUUAUUGAUCGAAUGUUCAUGGUUAUAUACCUUAUUGUUCUUUUCGUUAUAACGGCGUCGUUUCUGAGUAUAAUGCCUAACAACCAAAAUGUAUAAGGCUCUUUUAUGUAUUUUUGCUAACCACCAUCUCCUGCACGAGGCCACUAUGGCUUGAACGAAAGGGACAGGGUCGGCAUCACCCAGGGCUUUUCAAUUUCUCUUCAACUCGGCCUGUUGCUGAAAGUCUCUGAUGUAGAGAUAUUGCCCGGGAGAUAAUGCCCCAAAAAACGUGCGACGACACUAAAUCACUUUUAGGGAUAGAUUGUAUACAAUAUGUAGCACUUAUAAGGAAGAUUUUUAAGGCUGAACUAGAUGGUUUAGACUCAUUUGGCAUGUGUGUUUGGAGCGUUUGAUCAGGGAGUGCUGUUUACAUUCGUUGGUUGCCAAAAAAAUGGGCCGCUAAAACUGGCUCUGUAGCUAAUAAACACUAUGACUGUCAUC